CAGGCUCAAGUGUACAAGACAAGCCUUUUUUAAGCCCAGAGUCCAAAUACUGGUUACCAACUAUGAAUCUGGGUUCCCGGGAACUUCAUGGCUAUGUCGGCGGCUAAUUUGAUUCUCUUCCCGGCGCAAUUCCGCGCCAAACCAGAACCUGAAACCUACUUCUCCAUUCUUCACAGUCUACCUCCUCUUCAGUUUACGAGGGAUCGAAAAGGUAACUCCGUUGCCACGUUCAAGGACAACGAUCGUGUGUUACUUACGAAACCAUUUGCGAAUCCAAGAGAUCACAAAGAUUGCUUUGUCGAUUUGAGAGAUAACAAGGGAUGGAUUCACUUCGUCGGCAUUGGAGGCUGUGGCUUGUCUGCUCUCGCCAUGCUUGCUCUCAAACAGGGUUUUGAGGUUAGUGGAUCUGAUAUAGCUUGGAGCAGCUACAUGGAUGGACUGCAGGAAGCUGGGGCUCUUUUGCAUGUUGGUCAUUCUGUUUCAAAUAUUCACGGAGGCAAGGGAUCUCGGUUGCCGAAGGCUAUUGUUGUUUCAAGUGCUAUUCCACAAGAUAAUGUGGAGAUUAGUCAUGCCAAAUUUCUCGGUAUACCUGUAUACAAGCGAGAUUACUGGCUAACAAGACUAACGGAGAACUACAAUCUCAUUGCCAUAGCUGGAACCCAUGGGAAGAGUACAACAGCUGGUAUGCUUGCUUAUGUUUUAAACAGAAUGGGGGAUGAUAUUACAGCUGUAGUUGGAGCACAGGUAAAACAGUUUCCUGGAGGAAAUAUAAUGCUAGGUGGUGGGAAAAACUUUGUGCUUGAGGCUGAUGAAUAUGAUGGUUGCUUCCUGGGAUUAUCACCUUACAUUGCUGUUGUAACAAAUCUGGAAUGGGAGCACGUGGAUAUCUUUCCAGAUGAGGAAGCAGUUAAAAAGGUUUUCAGAAGAUUCUUGAAACAAAUCAGCAAUCAUGGACAUCUCAUUGUAUGCGGAGACAGAUACUACAGUUUAGGUGCAUAUUCCUUCUUGGAUCACAUAAAAAGAGAAACUAAAUCAGAGGAUUCAUGUAGUACGGUGUCUGUUUCGGGUCCAUGUAGUGGUGGCUACAGAAUAACAACAUAUGGAAUAUCAAAUACUAACGAAUGGCAUGCAUCAUCAAUUUGUUUAAACUCACAAGGUGGCAAUGAUUAUAUGGUGUGUCAUAGAGGUCUUCCAUUAGCAAACAUCAGUCUACAGAUUCCGGGAGUUCAUAAUGUCCUCAAUUCAUUAGCAGUCAUUGCCACAGUGAGUUUAUUGUAUGGUGAUCAAAGAAAUAUUCACGAAUCAGUUCAUUUUGUGAAGUCACACUUGCACAAUUUCAUAGGCAUCUCUAGACGGUUUGAGAUGAUUGGCAAAAUACAUGGGUGUCAUAUAUAUGAUGAUUAUGCACACCAUCCAACAGAAGUUCAUGCUGUUCUCCAGGCAGCAAGACAGAAAUUUCCACAGAUGGUUCUUCUUGUGGUAUUCCAGCCUCAUACUUACAGUCGCCUAGCAGCCUUAAAGGAUGAUUUUGCAACUGCACUCAGCAGUGCAGAUCAAGUUGUUGUUACCAAGGUCUAUGCAGCCAGAGAAACAGACAAGUGGGGAGUUAGUGGAAUGGAUCUAGCCACAUCAAUAAUUGGCCCACCAUCUGAAUACAUCCCUUCUCUGGUGUCAGUUAUUGAUAAAUUAGUGAUUCAAAUAUGCAAGGAUCCUCAUUGUGAAACUGUUAUUUUAACCCUCGGUGCAGGUGACAUUACUCACGUGGGUCCUAACUUGCUUGGUGAACUGAAAAGGAGAUUACAAAUAAGAAGCUCUUAACCCAAGCGGCACUUCUUUGCUGAUGCUAUUUCAUCCUGGGUGAAAUUUUGUGUAUGAGUUUUCAUGCUUCUGUUAAGAUCACCCAGAAAAGGCAACUGCCAUUGUAUUCGAAUAUGGCUAGUAAUGUGAAGAAGUAUUUCACACACACAAGUCUCUCUUGUUCUCUUUCACUCUCUCUCUCGGUGUUCUUCUGUCUCACAUCUUUACAGUCUUUUUUUUUUUUUUUUUUCUCUCUUCCGCUCAACAUUCUGUCUUCUAUUUAUAUCUUUUGAGUUAACUGCGAGUACAUGUCAAGGUAACAUAAUUCCCUCA